GAAGGUCACCGUGAAAUCCCUGCUGCAGCAUUGCCCAGUCAAAGCCAAUCCAUCGCGAAAGGACGGCUUGUUGCGGCAUCGACCGAGCACGAGAGUAAGAGAUUAGCGAACAAGUCGACGAAGUCUAUCCUGGCCAUAACAAGCGCACGAGAAGUUCUGGUGUCGAGAUUCUAUCGCUUACAGUACGGGAGGACCCAACUCGGCAUGCCCCCAACAAUGACCAAUAGAAAGAAUGCUCCCGCCGAGAUUUCCGAAGGGAUCAAACGAGAGAGGCGGCGGUUGUCUCUUUCGCUUGAAAGGGUUUCUGAUCCCUCGGCUCGUCGAAAAAGGAGGGUCUCGUGGGUAUCCAGUAACUGCGGUAGAAUGCGUUCCGCGAUAUCGCUUUUGUCGGUGAUGCAUUGCCUUGUCUACAUUACCAUGUCGCGAUCGGGCUCUGUCUCGACCUUUUCUGGUUUGUACGGGACGAACUCGAACACUGGAGAAUCAAAACGAUGGCUUUCCUCGAUCGGUUCCGGAACUCUUCUUGGAGUGGAAGCAAGAGUUCACAAGCUUCCCUCCUCUUCGGCAUCGAAAGUUCGAAACUACGGUGGCAGAGCCAGCAACGGCGGGACCAACGAAAAUGAAUCUCUGCUGAGGGAGCUCGAUUCCUUCAUUCACGAUGCUACCUCGUAUCUGAUUCGGAUCUCACACACGCCCGCUCAGGACAAGGUCUUCCCCGGACGCUUCACCUACCAGACGGAUCUCCGGAAACCCCUGGGGCCCACCCUGCAAAACUCGUACUGGAACGCAAAGGAAAACUACCAGUUCGACUACAACCUGCUGCGGCACAACGGGGCGAUCUACGCCCUCUCUCAGGCCUACGCCCGCAACGAGGAGCGACACUUGGAGGAGGCGCGCGAGACCGACAAGCUAGGGGACCUGGGGCACCGCCAGCGGUCGAUCCUCGGGGCGAUCGAGCGGGGAGUUGGCUACCUGCGGGACAACGCCCUCCUACCGGUACCCGGCCACAAGGAGUGGCUCGCGGCCUGGGAGCGCACCGACAUCGACGAUCCCCACAGCGAGCCGGAAAUGGCCAAGCUGGGGGGUGCCGGCCUGGCCAUGAUCGCCCUGGGAAAGAUGGAAGCCAUCCGGCCAGAUUCGGUCUCACUGGAAAAAGAACUCCGCAGGCUCGGAGCCUUUGUCGAGUCCCUCCAGAAUCCGCAAGAUGGGAGCUUCACCUGCAAGUACGAAUGGAAGGACGGGCCCAACAACGAGUGGGUAUCCCUGUAUUAUCCGGGGGAAGCUGCGCUGGGCCUGGUCACACUGGCGGAACUGGAGCUGGAGCGGGAAGAAAAAGCCGCUAGCGGGGAAAAGCCCGGAAUGGUCACCUCGGUGCACCUGGAGCUGGAGCACCAACACCACAACKCAAAAACCGCCGGCGACAAUGAUGUCCCAAAGCUCUCGAAGCGCUGGAUUAUGGUCGCCACCAAGGCCCUCCUAUACCUAGAGCAAUUGCGGCGAGACGAGGCUCUGGAUGACAUCGAGCCCGAUCACUGGGCUCUCCUGGCCACGGCCAGGCUGCUUCCGAUUCUCGACCGGCAGAGACAAGCUCUGGAGAACAAGAGCGAGAAGAAACAAGCCGACCUCGAGUAUUGGCUGGUCUACAACCACGGGGUGCGGGUUGCCACGUCGAUCGUAUCCGACCACACCACGGAGGGACUGAAAAAACACAAGGGUUGCUUCACCUACGAUUUCAGGACCUGUGCCACGUCUACAAGAUUGGAAGGGUUGUGUGAGUGAGAAGUAUCCAACGCGCCUUGAGAAGCAAGGCCAUGGUGACACGCGACAGCAGUAAACAAUUGUUUUCCAUUUCCUGAUCCCUUUGUAUUUUUUUUCUCUUUUUCUUUUUCUUCCGUCCCCGCUUCGUUUCCUUUGCAAACUCUGCUCUCCCACUACUAGUGGCCGCACUAACCUUUGUUCAAGAAUCGGAAAUCUUCCUCGGUGGAAACAGCGAGGAAGAAGGCGAGGACAAGAAAGGAAACCACGCCGACGCGACGGAAUUAUUGCGCGAUCGCAUCGAACGCGACGUCGGGAUGGGGAUACGGUUUUUGCUCGAGGCGCAACAAAAGACCGAUCAAAACAGCAUGCGCGGUGCCGUUCCGGGUAUGUACUCGGGCAAGAAACCCGCCGCUCUCUCAAAGAGCAACGACGAUGAGGAGGAGGGCAGCGAAGACGGAGAGGAAGACUACCACCUUGCGGAAGUCCGUGUCGACUAUGUCCAGCACAGCAUGUCCGCUGUCAUUGCCUACGAAUCGUACUUGCUGAGCAAGACGCAACAAGCGAAGAAGCGAUUCCACGAAAUAGUCCACGAAAAAGUCCGCAAUGUCGCUGACCCUAUCCUCCACCAUGUCAGGAAAAAAAUCGAUACUGCUACCCGCUCCUCAACCUUUGUUAAUUAUUCCAUUUUGGCUUUGCUGCUAUGUUUCGUGGUGGCGGUAAUAGCCCUUGCCUACUGUCCGCUAUCGAUCUUGCCAUCUUCAAGGAGCCAUCGCACACGACGCCGGCGCUUGAAGCGACGAGACUAGCUAAAGCUAGAGAGUUGGUGCCGUGUAAGUUGUCGAUUUGCCGCACCGCGUAAUGCUGUACUGCGAUUGUUAAGAAGAAAGCAUGGCUUCUUUUGUAAACUAGAUUCGAAAAGCUUUUUCAGAGUAACUUUUUGGCUAUAAUGUUACAAUUUUUUCGUUUCCCCCAAUAUGGUACAUUAUGUACUCUCAAGUAUGCCAUUGUUGGCAUUGCAUACAAAUUCUCUGACCUGCAUGCUUAAACAGCCUUCUUCUCUUCGUGACAAAACCACCAGUUCUUAAUGGACUGUCCAUUCCUUUUCAGAAGCAGAUGAAUUUGCAUUCAUACGCUGAUAAUGAACGAUUCGUGUCGCUCUACCUCUAACAGGAACGGCAUGUCUUUCGACAGUGAUCGCUAACUUUUACUCCAUUCCUUUUCUUCCCACAGCGCUUAUUUCUUGCCUUUCCAACCCAUUUGCAAGUCCAGUUUGGAUUAUUCUUCCAUGUAAAAUUCGGAUCAUCAAUGCACCUAUCUUCGUCUGUGGGAGGAUCGACCCCAGGACUUGGCGUUGGGUUUGUACCAGCACUACAAGUACCGCAUGUCUUUCGGCAGUGAUCAUUCACUGUUACCCCAUUCUUUGACUUUCCACAGCGCUUGUUCUUCGCUGCAGCAACCCAAUCACAAUUCCACGUCGGCGUAUUCUUCCAUGCAAAAUUCGGAUCGUCAAUACACUUACUUUCAUCGGCGGAAGGCUUUGUACUACCGCUACAAGUACCACAUGUCUUUUGACAGAGAUCUUUCACGUUCACUCCGUCUUUCGACCUUGAACAGCGCUUUUCCUUUUCCUCUGCAACCCAAUCGCAAUUCCAACUCGGAGUGUUCUUCCAUGCAAAAUUGGGAUCGUCUAAACAAAAAACAUUGUUUCCUGGUGCAUUGGUUGGAGCAGUAACCGGAGUCAGUCUAGGGUCCUUCACGCCAGUACAGGAAUCGUCGCAUGUCCUUUGGCAGUGAUCCCUAACUCUCUCCCCAUUGAUCUCCUUUGAACACCGCUUGUCUUUUUCCUCUGCCACCCAAGCACAAUCCCAUUGUGCUCUACCCUUCCAUCGAUAGGUUGGAUUAUCAAUGCACGACGACGGGGUUUGAAAUGGAACGAAUAAAGAACUCAACUGCUCUAAAGAUCCUUUUUCAGCUCUAAAUUUGUGGCUGACUGAAUAGACCUUUGGUGAAGUGUCGCCUUCAAAUUUAAAAGAACCAAAUUCUCCGCCUCGGAAGAUCUCUUCGCCUUCUAGAAAGGCACUGUAAAAACCAAAACCUCCGUUGCAACAGAUUCCUAUGCCAUGCCGAGCAUUGAAGGUGAAUGUGUAAUCUUUCUCAGGAUCAAUACAGACUAACUUGUUGUACAUAGAAUAUAGCUGAGAGUCACUCACAGGAUGGGAAGCCACCGUAUUUUUCGUUUCGUCGCUGAUCAAGUCCCAUCCAACAUUUCCUGAGGAAUAGGCAUCUGUCACAAAAUUGACCUCGAAGCGAACUUGACCAUCUUUGCACGCUGUUUCGUAGGGCUGAAUUUCAUUCUCGAAAUAAAUGUCCACUGGAACUUCGCUGCCGCCGGAAAUUUUGUUGUGUACUCGAAUAAUUAGAUUUUUCCCGC